AGGACCUAUUAGAGCUGGGCCCCGGCGCCGGUGACUCAGUGUUCGCGGGAGCGCCGCACCUACACCGGCCAACCCAGAUCCCGACGUCCGACUGCGCCCGGCCCAGCUCUCCGAUCCCGCUGGAGCCUGCCGCCCGCGCGCUCCGCCCCCGACCAGUCUCUGCCUGCCGUCCAAGCCCCACGCCCUCCCCGGGACCCCUGCCCUUCGGGCAGCGCUGCCACCCUGCCGGCCAUGGAGACCCCGUCCCAGCGGCGCGCCACCCGCAGCGGGGCGCAGACCACUUCCACCCCGCUGUCACCCACCCGUAUCACCCGGCUGCAGGAGAAGGAGGACCUGCAGGAGCUCAAUGACCGGCUGGCGGUCUAUAUCGACCGCGUGCGCUCGCUGGAGACGGAGAACGCAGGGCUGCGCCUUCGCAUCACCGAGUCGGAGGAGGUGGUCAGCCGCGAGGUGUCCGGCAUCAAGGCCGCCUACGAGGCCGAGCUGGGGGAUGCCCGCAAAACCCUCGACUCGGUGGCCAAGGAGCGCGCCCGCCUGCAGCUGGAGCUGGGCAAAGUGCGCGAGGAGUUUAAGGAGCUCAAGGCGCGCAAUACCAAAAAGGAGGGUGACCUGUUGGCUGCCCAGGCCCGGCUCAAAGACCUGGAAGCUCUGCUGAACUCCAAGGAGGCUGCACUGAGCACUGCUCUCAGUGAGAAGCGCACGCUGGAGGGCGAGCUGCACGACCUGCGGGGGCAGGUGGCCAAGCUUGAGGCAGCCCUGGGCGAGGCCAAGAAGCAACUUCAGGAUGAGAUGCUGCGGCGGGUGGAUGCUGAGAACAGGCUGCAGACCCUGAAGGAAGAACUGGAUUUCCAGAAAAACAUCUAUAGUGAGGAACUGCGUGAGACCAAGCGCCGCCACGAGACCCGGCUGGUGGAGAUUGAUAAUGGCAAGCAGCGAGAGUUUGAGAGCCGGCUGGCUGACGCCCUGCAGGAGUUGCGGGCCCAGCAUGAGGACCAGGUGGAGCAGUACAAGAAGGAGCUGGAGAAGACCUACUCUGCUAAGCUGGAUAAUGCCAGGCAAUCUGCUGAGAGGAACAGCAACCUGGUGGGGGCUGCCCAUGAGGAGCUGCAGCAGUCUCGGAUCCGCAUCGACAGCCUGUCAGCCCAGCUCAGCCAGCUGCAGAAGCAGCUGGCAGCCAAGGAGGCAAAGCUUCGGGACCUGGAGGAUUCGCUGGCCCGUGAGCGGGAUACCAGCCGGCGGCUGCUGGCGGAUAAGGAGCGGGAGAUGGCGGAAAUGCGCGCGAGGAUGCAGCAGCAGCUGGAUGAGUACCAGGAGCUGCUGGACAUCAAGCUGGCUCUGGACAUGGAGAUCCAUGCCUACCGCAAGCUCCUGGAGGGCGAGGAGGAGAGGCUCCGCCUGUCCCCCAGCCCCACCUCUCAGCGCAGCCGUGGCCGCACCUCUUCCCACUCAUCCCAGACGCACAGCGCCGGGGGCAGCAUCACCAAAAAGCGCAAGCUGGAGGCCACUGAGAGCCGCAGCAGCUUCUCGCAGCAUGCUCGCACGAGCGGGCGCGUGGCCGUGGAGGAGGUGGAUGAGGAGGGCAAGUUUGUGCGGCUGCGAAACAAGUCCAAUGAGGACCAGACCAUGGGCAACUGGCAGAUCAAGCGCCAGAACGGAGAUGACCCCUUGCUGACCUAUCGCUUCCCACCGAAGUUUACCCUGAAGGCUGGGCAGGUUGUGACGAUCUGGGCUUCAGGAGCUGGGGCCACCCAUAGCCCGCCUACUGACCUGGUGUGGAAGGCCCAGAACACCUGGGGCUGUGGUAACAGCUUGCGCACGGCUCUCAUCAACUCCACGGGUGAGGAAGUGGCCAUGCGCAAGCUGGUGCGCUCAGUGACUGUGGUGGACGACGACGAGGAUGAGGAUGGGGAUGACCUGCUCCACCACCACCACGGCUCCCACUGCAGCAGCUCGGGGGACCCAGCUGAGUACAACCUGCGCUCGCGCACCGUGCUGUGCGGGACUUGUGGGCAGCCAGCCGACAAGGCGUCUGCCAGCAGCUCAGCAGCCCAGCUGGGCGGAUCCGUCUCCUCUGGCUCUUCUGCCUCCAGUGUCACAGUCACUCGAAGCUACCGAAGUGUGGGGGGCAGUGGGGGUGGCAGCUUCGGGGACAACCUGGUCACCCGCUCCUACCUCCUGGGCAACUCCCGCCCCCGAACCCAGAACCCCCAGAACUGCAGCAUCAUGUAAUCUGGGACCUGCCAGGCAGGGGUGAGGGCAGAGGCCACCUGCUUCCUUUUCACCUCAUGCCCACCCCCUGCACUGCACCUCAUGGGAGCAGGCUUGAAGCCAAAGAGAAAUACCUGCUUUGGUUUUUGUUUUGGUUUUUUUCUGUAUUUUUUUUUUUUUUCUA